GCAUAUCCUGUAUUACGUAAUAGGCCUAUAAAUUGAGUUAAAGGUACCGACUGGUACAGACCACUGGGAAUGGCGGAAAAAUCAGAAGUCAAAACAGACGAAAAAGCUUUUAAACAACAUCAACUGGUUGUUUUCGGGGCCACUGGUGCUACAGGAACGGAGGUUGUGAAGCAAGGUUUAGAACUUGGACAUAACAUCACUGCUAUUAUUAGAACUCCUGAGAAUUUCAAGUUAAGACAUGAAAACUUGAAAAUUGUGAAAGGAGAUGCAUAUGACAUUGAAACAUUUGAGGCAGAACUUUCUGGAAAAGAUGCAGUAAUGUCAUGUCUUGGAUCAACAUCAAUUGGUCCAUUUGCCACUACAACACUGUAUUCUGAUACGAUGAAGGUGAUUUUUGAAGCCAUGAAAAGACACUCUGUAUCACGCUUUGUUGUGUUAUCAUCCUGGUGUACAAAGAAAGGUCCUGAAAGUCCAUGGUUCUUUGAGUGGAUAUUGAGACCAUUUCUCCUAGGUGGAAUACUGAAGGAUAUUGCUGUGAUGGAAGACUUUUUAGAGAGCACAGAUCCAACUGAAAUGAACUACACAAUUGUGAGACCUCCUCAAUUAACAUAUGCCACAGGUAAUGGUAAUUACAAGAUAGAAGAAGGUCAGUGUAAUACUGGUACUUCGGCUAGUAUACCACGGGCUGAUGUAGCCCAUUUUAUGCUUGUGGCAUUGGAAACGGACAAAUAUGACAGAAAAGCAAUGGCAAUUGCAAGUCUAAAACAAAAUAUAAUAAUGAAAUUGUUGGUAUUCGGUGGGACAGGCCCAACUGGACAAGAAGUCGUAAAACAAGCAUUGGAGCUCAGUCAUAUCGUCACUGUUAUUGCCAGAACACCAGAGAAUAUGGAAAUUAGACAUGAUAACCUCGAGGUUCUCCAAGGUGAUAUUUGUGACCUUAGUAGUUUUGAGUCAGCAUUGGCUGGAAAAGAUGCGGUCUUGUCUUGUUUGGGAUCAAAAGGCACUAAAGGUCCUUUCGCUUUUACAUCAUUGUACUCUGAAUCCAUCGCAAAUAUCGUCGAAGCAAUGAAAAGGCAUAAAGUGCGUCGUAUCAUAGCGGUAACAUCAUGGUGUACACAACCUGGUCCAAACAAUCCUUGGUUUAUUGAAUGGUUUUUAAAACCAUUUAUUAUCGGAGCAAACUUACGAGACAUGGCCAUGAUGGAGGAGUUCUUACAAGAUACAAAACCAAACGAAAUCAAUUACACCAUUGUUAAACCACCUGGACUUUCGUUAGCUGAAGGAAACGGUAAUUAUCAGGUGGAUGAAGGUCAGUGUAACGUUGGUACUUUAAUGCGUAUUCCGCGUGCUGAUGUUGCGCAUUUUAUGUUAAAAACACUGGAAACUAAGGAAUACGACCGCAAAUGUCUGGCAAUUGCCAGUAACUAUGAACAGCCAUCGUGAAAACUCUGCGCUUUUGUGCUUCCACGAGAUUUUGGUCAUUAGAAUUGACCGCGUGGAUUUUCAUGAUUUGCGCUCUUAUUUGGGACAACUGACAAGUAUAUUAUGCUUGUUGUCAUAGAAUUAGGGAAGAUAACGUGGUUUAUGCAGGGAAUAAUAUAAUUAAUAUCAUUUUAUGUUAGCAAUAUGCUUCGCUGCUGUGCUUAAAUCUAGCUAUUUUACCUCACAGGAAAAAGUGGACUGAUAUAGUGAUAUUUAAAAAUAAGAUUUAUUAAAUCAAAUUAAUGCUAUAAUAGUAAUACUAUAGGUAGAUUAAAAUCGGUCAUAUUUGCGUGUGAAGUAGUUAUGCUUAAGAAGUGACACAAAUACAGUGUUGAAGUAGGCUUUUAGCGCCAUUUUAUAUAUAUAAGGUCACGUUUGAAAUAUUUUAAAUCGAGGAAAUAAGCCCUGCUGUUGAAAUCUGAUUGAUUUAUGUACUCUUUAUAUAAAUUACACGCUUUCUUAAUGUUGUGUGACAGAUAUUUGCAUAGUCCCUUCGUAACUUAGAUCAAGCAAAAUCUCUAACAGCAUGUGGUCUACAACGCAUACAAGUAACUAUAGAUCCUUUUUUCCGUGUCAACACUCACAUGUAUUUACAUAAUUUUAUAUAUACACGAUAGUGCUUUAAUUUCCUUCAUUUGAAAUGCAAAAUGAAAAGAAUAACAAUAUGUUUUUAACUGUUAUUAAUAAAUAAUGAGGUUCAUCACGUAACAAAGAAAGAGAAACAAAGAAUUUUUUAAUACUUCUUUUAAAACUUUAUGCGAGCUUUUUAAUUUUUAUGUACGCAAUUGUGUCUCCUUUAAAUUCCGAGGCUAAAACAACUUUAUGAAAAAUGAAAAUAUUGUAAAACAAGUCAAGUUUUAAAAUCUAUAAAAUGUCUAUAAAUAUCCUCAAACGUACUAGAAUAUACAAUGUGCCAUAUACGAUGGCAUUGUUGUUACUCGAGGUGUAUUGAACCAUAUGCUAAACUUUAUAUCUCAUUUGAAAUUGAAUCAUAAAGUUCGAGUAUAUUAAAAACGUCAAAUGGCGUUGUCAAGAGCUUAAUUAUAUAAACAAUGAAAUGGGACCUAAUUAUGAUGAGUGACAGAUAUUGAAUGCGGGCAAAUUAUAUCUGGAGUAUAUAAAAUGAAACCAGCGCUGCGUUAAUUAGCUUUGUCUAGGAACCGGCGAUGACAAAGCAAUGUAAUGGAAACCACGAAUCCAAACAGCCAGGCUUCCUAUGCCUUUUUUGCGAACGCAAAAAUAGCAAACGAGAGUCGUAUUUACCUCGGCGUAGCGAAAUUUGCAUACCCCACCUAGGUCG